CUCUGAUUUCCAAAGUCUAUAACCUAUUGUACAAUAUUUUUGUGUAAAACUAAUAUUUCCUCAUUGAUAAAAGGCAAACUCAGGAGGACAGUCAUACUUCCAUUUUUUCAGUUUAAUAUGGAUGUACACUAGUAAUAGGGAGCUUAAGCAAUGACGAUGGCAAUGUUAACGGAAAGGGCAAAACAUCGAUAAGUUUAGAUUGGUAAAACAACAACUUUGCAUGUGCAUGUUGUUACUUGAGUUCCCUAAUCUUUAGUUCUCCAUUUAUUUUUAUCAGGCAGCAGUCUGUUACAGUAUAUUUACUAGAGUUUCAUAUAAUUGAGGUUUCUUUCCACUUUAGAGAGGAGGUGAGAGUGAGGAGACGUUGUAUAAUGCCAUUUAUAACGAUGACAGCAUACAGCUCCUCCUCAUGCAAGCAGGCUUUGCCAAUGAAUUGGUCAAGCUAAACAACAAACACAGAGCGUGCCAAGCAAUCAUCCUCCACCUUGUAUUCAAAACAAGAAAGGAGGAACUCGAUCAGUUAAAAAGUGGUCUUGAAAGUCUCUCUGUGAUAAACUUUCUCAAGGUUUCUGACGGCUCUUUAAAGUAUGUGUUCCCUUUACAAAGUGAAGCAAUGGUCACCAAAAAUGAUUUCUUAAAAGUGAUUGAAACAUCUGUUGACUCUCUGGAGGGUGAUGAGAAAAAAGCUUAUGAUUGGUUUGUACAAUAUGUACAUGAAGUAGCAAACACGGGUAAUGUUUAAACUUAUAUUAUCAUCUACUUUAUUCUUUUGUAUAAUGUGCAGAUGACACAACAACAGUCAUGACUCAUGAAAUACAGUACUGCAAAAGCCAUUCCGAACUUUUGAAUGUCCUAUUAACACUGGCCCAGAAUACAGCAUACUAUCUUUUAUAAAUUAUUUAUAAUGUGCUGUUGGUUUAAGCAAGCCAGGAUGUUAUUAUUUAUUUUUUUGAAUCUGAGUAUUCAGUUUCAAACGAAAAAAUAAACACACUCGUUAAAAAAAUAACUUUUUUCACAAUGAACCAGGAUGUACAAGUCCACUUGUUGAAAUUGAGAGAAGCAUAACUUACAGAAUCAACUUCAGAAAUGAUUCUUUUGUUUGGCAAUACAGAGGAGAGGUGUGAUGUCAUGUGACCACGGUAUCACUUUUUUCUGGAUGACAACAAAACCAACGACAAUGGUGAUGGAAAGGAGAUCGGCAAAAAAUAAUAUGAUUUUAUUAACAAACAACAACUUUGCACGCUAUUUGGUACAUUUCUUUGCCGUCGUUGCACCACUACGAUAUGGAACCAAUUAACCAAAAAAAAAAGUUAAAAAAAUUAUCGCUUUCAUUUUCUUAACUUUGAAAUUGAAUAAGAUUGGUGAAUCUUGAAAUUGUGUGAAUAGACUUUUUAAGUGUCUUUCUCGGUUUGUUGUCUUCCAAAAAUUUUGCUACCAUGGAAACGUGAUGUAGCAACCUCUCCUCUCUAUUUUCUGACUCGUUAGCCUGCAUUAUGAUCAUUAUUGUCCCCAUGUUCACAGUGUCAGCUGAGGCAAAAGACCAGCCUUUCAGUUCACUUCCAACACUGGCUCAGUUGGUUCAGUUUGUGGCAGGACAUCCUUAUCUACCUUCAUCUCGGAUGAACAUCAGUUUCAGUGCUAUGGUGUAUCCAGAUGCAGAUACAUGUUUCUUCAGCCUUCGAUUACCCACUAUCUACAGCAGCUAUGACGAAUUCAGGAAGGCUCUUAAUACUGCCAUUACAUGCCAGCAUCUUGGUUAUGGAAGGGGUUAAAGGCUGGGGAGUCAACAAAAAAAACUGUUUGUUUUUGAAUAAGGCAUUCUUCAGUUUGGAACGUUUUGUUAUGUUAAGCUCUCUUGCUCAAAAUAACACGAAAAUUUGUUUCAUGUUGUUUACCAACAAAUUUGAGAUCUUUACUGACCUAAUCUUUGUAGCGUAACAUACAUUGAUUUGAUUGAAAAUUAGACUUCUAGAUUUGACAAGACUUGAAUUUAAUUGUUUGAUUA